UUAUGCCUUAGUGCAGUGGUUGGAUUUCUGAGGACAUCUUUGUGAGUAUUUCAAAUUUGAAAAGAUGUAAGAAUUUUUCUGCUGAUAUGAUCUGGUAAUAAUAUCUAAUUAUUCUUUAUAAGCUGCCCUUGCAGGUCUUCAAACAACACCUUUCAGUUAAGGCCAUACUUUAAGAUGUCACUACUAUCAGAGGCUAAUGAUGAAGGUGAUCAAAACAAAUAAACUCACCAUCAUGUCUUUGUUCAGUUGUUGAAUUUCUGGGAGAGGUGGUGGCAUCCUCCCAUAAGAGCUUCCAUUAGACACCUGACCCUGACAGCAGGCCUAAAUCCCCCUGCAGACACACCUGCGGAGGGCUGUAUAAAAGCUCAGGUGAGAUGGGUCUCACACACCGAGCCCCAGUGAAGGAGCCGUCCACAGCAUCUCCACACACUAAAGCAACAUGGACCUCAGAGCCUCCAUCUCCCUUCUUGUGCUGCUGCUUGGCCUGUCCAAGGCUCUGCCUGACGGUGAUGAAAAUGAGAUUUUAUUUGAGGAGCCUGACAGUGUGGACAUAACUACACAGAUUCUGGCAACCAAUAAUGCUUCCAGUGAGUUUCUAAUGGAAGGAGAUCUUGUUGUGCCAAGAACCAGGAAUGCUCUGGCCUGCUGGAACAACCAAUGCUUAUGGAGGAAGUCUUCUAAUGGGAAAGUUGAGGUCCCCUACACAGUCAACUCUCAGUUUUCAUCCUCUGAUAAGAGGAAAAUUCAAAAUGCCAUGACAACCUUCAACAGUCGAACCUGUGUUCAGUUUGUAGCUCGCUCGACUCAGAGUGACUACAUCAGCAUUGAGAACAGAGAUGGGUGCUUCUCCAGCCUUGGGAGGACAGGAGGUAAACAGGUGGUCUCCCUCCAAAAGAGAGGUUGUGUUUACCACGGCAUCAUCCAGCAUGAACUCAACCAUGCUCUGGGCUUCUACCAUGAGCAAACCAGGAGUGACAGAGACCAGUAUGUGAAAAUCAACUGGAAUUACAUCAACCCACGAAUGGUUUACAACUUCCAGAAACAACGCACCAACAACCUGAACACUCCAUAUGACUACUCUUCUGUGAUGCAUUAUGGGAGAACUGCUUUCACAGUCCAGAAUGGAAGGGAGACAAUCACUCCAAUUCCAAACGGAAAUGUGCAAAUUGGACAGAGACAGGGAAUGUCUACCACUGACAUCCUGAGGAUCAACAAACUCUAUGGAUGCUGUGAGUAUGACCUCCUGUAUGAUAUGGUGAAACAUCAUAUAACUUUGAGAUUGCUGAAAUGAUGAGUACUGCAAUCCAAUUCUGACAAUCCUCUCCUCUUCCAAACAGAACCAAACCCAAACUGAUGCUGUCCCAGUCUGGUACCACCACAUGACGUCUUGAUCACAGAACACAAUGUGACAGAUGAAUAUGUAUAUGUCUUGU